AUGUAUACAAAAUAUCGAAAUCGGCAUUUUCGUUUUAUUAGCAUUUUCUUAGUCAUAUUUACAAUCUGUUUUUUGUAUACUACUUAUGAUCCAAAGAAGAAUGAUGAUCAAUAUUCUGAAACAUCUCCAACACAACUUUUCGAUACAAAUACAUCUAUCUACGUUCCUCUCUCAGAGGUCAAACAACAAUCAUAUCGUACAGUACUUUUAUGGACGGAUUUAUUUAGUGAUAUCCAUUGGCAUCAAGAAGCAUUUUUUAAUCCAUAUGCUAUUGUUGCAUGUUCAUCAAUUCAUCAAUGUCAAUUUACACGUGAUACACGUAGAUUGUCAAAGUCUUCCAUAGUUGCAUUUCAUUUAUAUGAUAUCAAUAGAUAUCGACUACCGGAACGUACUACGCAAAGCAAAUCGGAUAAUCAAAGUUGGGUCUUUAUUACAGGAGAAAGUCCAAUUAAUUUUUAUUAUCAAAAUCCAUCAUUUCUUCCACAUAUGUUAGAUAAUUAUUUUGAUCAAUCAAUUUCAUAUAAAUACGAUUCACCAUUUUCAAUAUUCUCACCAAGAAUAAAAUCUCGAAUAUUAUCAAACACUUAUGAAAUCCAACAAGAACGACAAUAUAAUAAUAAUAGUUUAAAAUCUAAAAACAAACCAAUUUUAUGGUUUGUAUCAAAUUGUAAUACAUUUUCUCAACGUGAAAAAUAUGUCGAAGAAUUAAAAAAAUAUAUCGAAAUUGAUGUUUAUGGUAAAUGUGGUAGAAAAUGUUCGAAAGAAAAGAAUUCACAAUGUCACGCUAAUCUUAAUGAAUAUUAUUUUUAUUUAUCUUUUGAAAAUUCUCGAUGUCAUUCAUAUAUAACAGAAAAAUUCUGGAAUAUUAUUUCCGAUAAUAAAAAUCGUCUUGUACCUAUUGUUAUGGGUGCAUCAAUAAAUGAUUAUAAACAAAUAGCACCAAAACAAUCCUAUAUUCAUGUUGAUCAAUAUAAAACACCUGAAGAACUUGCGAAAUAUCUUAAUUAUCUUAUCGCUAAUCCAGAAAAAUAUCUUACAUAUCUCCAAUGGCGUGAAUAUAAUCAAGUUGAACUUAUUAAUUCAACUAGAUGGAAAACUCUUUUAUGUCCGCUUUGUCAAAUGGCAUAUGAAACACAUUUAUCUCCAAGUAUUCGAAUGAAUUUUUCAACAUGGUAUCAUCCAACAACACAAUGUCAUCAUGAUGAUGUUGAAUUAUUUACAAAAUGUAAACAAGCAAAUUUAAGAGAUCCAAUGAAUUGGAUACAUAAUACUAAAUGUCCAUAA